GCUGGGGGGGGGGGGGAUUCCCGUCGCCCGGAGAGUAAACAAGGCGGCCGCCAUCUUUGUCCGAGGGGCCGCUCCGGGGGUCUGUAAAUUCCCCACUUUCCCGACAAAACGAGGGAAGUAAUGGCCACUUUACCUCACCGAUCCGGCUGAAGAAGCGAGAUGCGUCGUUAGAAUCCGAAAAGAGAGGGGGGUUUUUCUCGCCAACAUGGAGGUUCUCAUCAGCGAGGAGCGUUCGAAGAUGGGCGCGGGGAAAGGGGCGGCUCCGUGGGGCGGGGAGGCCGAGGUGGAGGAUCACUAUGACAGCGGCAUCGGCUCUCUCAGCGACCUGCAGAGCCGGCACUUCGGGCCGCUGGACGGGGCCGCCGUGUCCGUGUCCGUGUCCGGCCCGGGAUGCGAGCCCGACGUGUGGCCGUCCAGCCAGCAGCGGCUCGAGUGCGGCAUCGGCCAGAUCACCCGCGGCCUGGAGCGGGUGGAGCUCCGUGGCCGGGAACGGGAGCCGGCGUCCGCCGACCUGGCGCAACUGCUCAGCUACCGCACCGAGGAGCUCGACUCGAUGCUGCACCUCGCCAUCAUUCAUGAGGAAGAUUGCCUCCUGGAGCACCUUCUGCAUUGUAUGAAAGGUACAGAUUUUCUCGAUCUACAGAACGACAUGAAGCAGACUGCACUGCAUUUGGCCGUGAUCCUUGGGCGAGCGGAGUUGGUGACGAAGUUGGUAGCAGCUGGAGCGAACCUCUUGCUUCAAGAGAAGGAUGGGAACACUGCUUUACACCUGGCUUGCAAGGAGAUGGCACUUGCCUGUGUCCAGGCACUCCUGUUUCAACAUUCCACCGAACUAAAGUAUUCCAGUCUGUUGGACCCUGCACAGUUCCGGCAGCAGCUACAUUUCUAUAACUACCGAGGCUUCACGCCCCUCCAUGUGGCUGUACUGCUUAAUGAUGUUCAGGUGGUGGAGUAUCUUUUGCAUUUUGAAGUGGAUGUGAAUGCAAAGGAGAAAUGUGCAGGUCGGACUGCGUUACACCUGGGAGUAGAACAGCAGAACCGGCACAUCAUCAAACUCUUGUUGAACAGGGGGGCAGAUGUCCAUGCCCAGAUGUACAAUGGCUGCACACCCAUUUGCCUGGCAGUGUACAUGCCUGACUCUGGAAUAACUCAGAUGCUCAGAGACUAUGGCUCUUCAGAACCCCUGUCAGACGAUGAGUCAGACGAAGAUGAAGGAAUUGAUGAAGAUGGUGUGGGAGAGUAUGAUGACUUUGUGGUGCAUGGAUGUUAAUGGAAGAUCUGAAAAACCUGCAGUGUCAUAUUUAAAGAUUCAAAACUGUAGCAUUAAAGUGGUUCAGCUCGACUGCUGUGAAAGGCCCUUUAGUCCCUUA